GUUAACCCUGCCCUCAGAAAUGAAGACGUCCGGAGGACAUUAUCACCGACCCGCCACCUCCCUUGCCGGUGGCUCACGGAGGAACUCGUCGAUCCUUUCGCCGUCCUAUACAAGUUCCAGUCUUUCUCGUGCAAGAGCUUCAAAGUUGGAAAUGUCAAUUCCACCGCUACCCGAAAAUCGCAUUGUUUUGGGUGUUGGAAGUGUGGGGGUGGACUUCUUGGCUGCUGUGGCUUCCUAUCCUAAGCCAGAUGAUAAAAUUCGAACCACCAGCUUUCAGGUCCAAGGAGGUGGCAACACUGGGAAUGCUUUGACUUGCGCAGCUCGGCUAGGACUUAAUCCAAGGAUCAUUUCCAAGGUCCAAUGUUCGUCGAAUUGAAAUAUUUCUACUUGAUCUUUACUUGAGCAUUUUCCCUUAAUUGAUUUUAGAACUAAUAGAACAGUAGUGGUUUGCCAUUAUCUUCUGCUCAGUAGAAUACGUCUUCUGAGCAUUUAUUGGUAGUAGUCAAUCCAUUACCUGCAUCUCUGGAUUACUAUGGUUGCAAUGGAUUACUUUUAGUAGGUCUGGCUUUGAUGUGUUGUAGACUUGUAGAGUUAGGUUCUUGAUACUAAUUUUUAAGCGAACGAGCAACCCCUUCGUAUACAACAAGUGGACUGAAUCAUUUCAGGUCAUCGCGAUGUGUUUCGGUAUUUUUGGGGAUAGUGUACUAGGAAUUGGUUUAGGAAGAUUCAUUCUUCCUCUUCACCACUGAACUUCCAAGCCACUUUACCAUGGCGCCAUGAAUUAUGACUUUAUUGAAUAGGUUGCUAAUGAUUUACAAGGCAAGGGAAUAUUGGAUGAACUAGAUGAGGAUGGUGUUGACACCUCGUUUAUGGUGGUAUCCAACAGAGGCAAUUCACCAUUCACCUAUGUCAUUGUUGAUAACAAAAUGAAAACUCGAACUUGCAUACACACUCCAGGGGACCCUCCCAUGGUACCAGAAGACCUAUCCCAAUCAAAUUUGAUGUCUGCUAUUGAUAGAGCUAGAGUUGUCUAUUUUGAUGGGAGAUUGCAUGAAACAGCAUUGGUUGUGGCAAAGGAGGCAAGUUGUAGGUGCAUACCAAUCUUAGUUGAUGCAGAAAGGAUAAGGGAAGGGCUUGAUGGACUUUUGAGCUUUGCUAAUUAUGUUGUAUGCUCAACAAAGUUUCCACAGGCAUGGGCCGAGGCCCCUACUCUUCCAAGCGCACUUGUUUCCAUGCUUCUGAGGUUGCCAAAUGUGAAAUUUGUUGUUGUGACAUUGGGUGAUGAGGGUUGCAUCAUGCUAGAAAGGACUGAACCUGAGUCCGCCCAAGCUGAAGAAAUAGAUGUAAACGACUUGUAUGAAAUACUCAAGCAAAAGAAGGAUGCCAAUCUAACCAUGCCCACAUGCAUACCAUCGCGCCCUGCAAAAUUGGAAGCCAAGGGAAUAGGAACAGUGAGUGGGAGACUACUUGUGGGAACAGCCGAAAAGAUACCAUCUUCGGAACUAGCCGAUACAACGGGUGCUGGGGAUGCAUUUAUCGGGGCAAUCCUUUACUCAAUCUGUGCUGAAAUGCCACCGGAGAAGAUGCUGCCAUUUGCUGCUCAAGUGGCCGCUAUCAGUUGCAGAGCCUUAGGCGCCAGAGCCGGCCUCCCCUGCCGUGAUGACCUUCGCCUUGCACCUUUUCUAGUUUAGGCCUCCCAAGAGUAUUAUUUUCUCUUGCAAUGUUUGUAAACUUUGUUACUAUUACUAUACAAUGUCGAAACUGGCAAAGGAAAUACUAUUACUAUUACUAUACUCUGUGUAAAUGACAUGAAAUCCGAAUAGCGCAAUUGUGGAUCUUUUAACUCACUUUUGAUGUCGUAAUAAUAUAUGACACCAGACAUU